UCAAGAAAAACAUUGACGCCGGCCAUCUUAAAUUGCACUUCUCCCGACUUUCUUUUCUUUUCGCAAUAAAAAUACAACAACUCUACAGAUAAGUUAUUUGGUUUUGUUAUUAAAAGCAAUCAAUCAAUAACAAUUUUUCAUUCGUCCAACGCGAGUGCAACAGCCCACCGGGUCGGCAAACAAAGUGCAAUAUUUCAAGUAUUCUACUGAAAGCCUAAUUUCUAAAAAAUGGAUAAAAUAAGGAACUUACCACGACUGGCCCGCAUUAAAAACUAUCCCACAAAUCCCAUUGAAAUGUUCAAAAACGUACUGGAAAGGGUUAAGCCACCUCACAUCUUUCCCAUGAAUUUGGCCACAUUGGAUAACGAAUUUGGCGUUUUAAAUCGUGCGGUAAUAUAUCGCGGCCUGCUGGAUGAUUCAUGGAUAUGUUUUGUAACCGAACGUAAUUCCCGAAAAUAUCAAAAUCUUAAAGAGAAUCCCAAAUUGGGUUUAACCAUGCUCUUCUAUCCGGAUGCCCAUAGAGUUGAGGCGAAGGACGUCAUGCCUGAGGUAUGGCAAAUACGUUUAAUGGGUGCCGAAGCUGUAGAAUUGGAUGAAGAACAGUUGAAAAUACUAUGGCAACAGGAACCGCUGCUUGCCAAAAUACGCAGUCACAUUUGUGAAUGUGGUAAACCGAGUAAUAUCGCAGAGCUUGAGAAGCUGUUACAAGAACAGCUGGCCAUAAUGGAAAAGGAAAAACGGAAACCGGAACAAACGAAAACAUAUACUGGCUUUAAAAUCAUACCCAAAUAUUGGGAUUUCUAUAUGUCGGAGCCGAAUACGAUUGCUGAUCGGUUGCAAUAUAAACAAGGGGAAAAUGGUGAAUGGCAGGCCUAUCACGUUGAUGCCUAAUUGAAAACAAUACAUAAUAAUAACAAUACUAUAUUUUUUGUUAUUAAUUUUUAUUAUUUAUAUUAUUAUAUUUAUAACGUAACACAUUUUCUUUAUUAUUUGUUGUAAAACAUUUUGCAAAGAAGGGUCAAGGACAAAAAACAAUGGUUGGUGUACACAAAUCAAAAUGUUAACUUUUCAUAA